AUGGCGGCAGCGGCGGGAGCGGGGCCGGUGGCGCCCCCACGUGCUCCCGCGCCGUUGCCUCUCGCGAGAGUUCCCGGCCCGGCCCGCCCCGUCGUGCUCCUCUCGCGAGAUCUUCCCUACCGCCAUCUUGGUGCGGAGGCGCCAGGCGGUCACCGGGACGAAGUGGGUCGUGUCGCUGCCCGGCUCGGCCCGCCCGCCAUGCUCUCCCGCCUCGUUCUUCGCGCUGCCCCGGCUGCGCUGAGGAGCCUGGCGCCUCCCGUCGCCGUGGGAGUAUUGCACACCGCAAGACCCCUGCAUACCACUCAGCAGUGUUUGGCUCCUUUGCCACCUCUGCCUGAGAAAGGAGGAGAAGUUCGUUAUGGUUUGAUCCCUGAGGAGUUUUUCCAGUUUCUCUAUCCUAAAACAGGAGUUACAGGUCCUUACAUGUUGGGAACUGGACUUGUGCUUUACUUGCUUUCUAAGGAAAUCUAUGUUGUUAACCAUGAGACAGUUGCAGCUGCCUGCAUAAUAUCAAUCAUCAUUUAUGGUGUAAAAAAAUAUGGGUCUGCUGUAGCAGCUUUUGCUGACAAACUUAAUGAGGACAAAAUUGCUGAAGCUUCAGCUGUGAAAAAUGCAGCUAUCAAGGACCUUGAGACUGCCAUUGAACAGGAGAAGAAGGAGCAAUGGCGGGUCGAAGGCCGCAGUUACCUCUUUGACGCUAAGCGAAAUAAUAUUGCUAUGUUGCUGGAAACUAAUUAUCGAGAAAGAUUACUGACAGUGUACAAUGAAGUAAAGAAAAGGCUGGACUAUCAAGUGGCUAUGCAGAAUUUAAAGCGUCAGAAAGAACAAGAUCACAUGAUUCAGUGGGUGGAGAAGAAUGUGGUUCAGAGCAUCACACCUCAACAGCAGAAGGAAAGCAUUGCAAAGUGCAUUUUGGACCUGAAGACGUUAUCGAAGAGUGCACAGGCAGCAGUGUAGCUACGUCUGAUUCCACUGACAUUUGUCGCAUUACUGUUGGAAACUGUAUAAUUCUAAAGUGUCAUUAAACAAACAAACAAAACAA